AUGGCUGAAGCUACUGGGGGGAAACGUGGAUCGCCACAGCGGCAUCGGGUUGGAGAGCACUGGAGUGGUGCCAAUCCUGUUCCGACUGUUCAGAAAUACGUCGAGAACCUUGACCACGAGAAGAAGGAGCGUGAUCACCGAAUCGGUGAGGAGAGUCGGCAAAAGGAGGAUCGACUGAAAAAACAACAAUGGGAAGAUACUCGCGGUGGAAAACAUUCCGAGGGCCAGGGAGAUGCGGUUGCUCACAAAGCGCGCGAGGUCUCCAAGGCCAAGAUGCGCACGGUGACUGAUCCGACAACGGGGAAAGAUAUUGGAGUUGAGGAUCAAGAUGAGACGUCAAUGGAAGCUGUUAAGAAUCCGAUGUUGACGGUGCCAAAUGCCAAUAUCGGACAGCCGACUGAUGUGAAAACCAGUCCUGAUCAAGAGCUGCCAGAAUACAAAGAAAAGCAGGACAUCACCGCGCCUCCUGACCCUAUCGCCGAAGGAACAACAUCCGAUGUGCCAAUUCGUGGUGAGAAGACCAAUGUGCUCUUCCAUCCCACACCGACAAUCACCUAUGCACCCAUGUUCAAGCAGUUGGAGAAGCAGGCAACGAAACUAUGCAUCGGUAUCCCCGUUGCUAUCAUUGUUCUUGGUAAAUUCUUUGGCGCUUCUCUUUGGGGCCUUAUCCCCUUGGCUGCAUGCAUUGCCAGCGGUGUAUGGUUAUGGGUACAGGAGGUCAUCCGGAGUGGCAAAGAGAUGGAAUGGAGCAGUGAGCAGAUGCGUGGUCAGACCGCCACCGCAAACCUUCUUCCAGAGUCUGUGGAAUGGAUGAACUCUUUCCUCGGUGUGGUCUGGGGCCUCAUGAAUCCCGAGAUGCUGACUCCAAUGGCCGACACAAUCGAGGAUAUCAUGCAAGCCUCCGCUCCAAGCGUCGUUGAGAAUGUCCGCAUCGCCGAAAUCGACCAGGGCAACAACCCAAUCCGUAUCCUGAGCAUGCGUGCCCUCCCGGAUGAGCAUGUUCAAAACCUCAAGGACAACAUUCAUGAAUCAAAUCUGAAAAAUAAAGACCCUCAAGAAGCCGCUGCUACCGAAGAAGGAGGCAGCUACUACAAUAUGGAGGCUUCAUUCGCCUACCACGCCAAGCCGAGCUCCGGCACAGCUUCUUCCAAGGCACGCAACAUGCACAUGCAGCUCGUCUUCUAUCUCGGUAUCCGUGGUUUAUUCGGCAUUCCUUUUCCCAUCUUCGUCGAACUGACUGAACUAGUCGGUACCGUCCGACUCCGUCUUCAAAUGAUGCCCGAGCCGCCUUUCGCAAAGGACCUCACCUUCAGCUUGGUCGGCAUUCCUCACGUUAAAGCGGGCUGUGUGCCCAUGCUCCGACGUGGAGUCAAUAUCCUCAAUUUACCUCUCAUUUCCAACUUCGUGAAUUCCUCUAUUGGCGCCGCUUGCGCAAUGUUCGCGGCGCCCAAGUCUAUGACUAUGGAUGUGAGCAUGUUGCUGCAGGCUGACGAUAUCCAGAAGGAUACUCUCGCCAUAGGUGUGAUGUGGGUUCGUAUCCACCGAGCUGUCGGUCUGAGCAAGCAGGACCGUCGCGGUAGCGAGGGCGGCGGUAGUGAUCCGUACAUUAACCUUUCGUUCUCGAAAUACGGGAAACCGAUGUACUGCACUCGUGUGAUCACGGAUGACCUCAAUCCUAUCUGGGAGGAGACUGCCGCACUCCUUGUCACGCCGGAACUGAUUAAAGCGGACGAGAACUUGAGUAUUGAGCUCUGGGACUCGGACCGUAAUACUGCGGAUGACAUCGUGGGCAAGGUUGAACUGCCUAUUCGGGAGAUGCUUCAGCACCCGAGUAAGAUGUACCCGCAGGUAUCCAAGCUACAGGGUCUUGACGAGGGUAGUGAGAUGCCGGGUCAAUUGCACUGGGAGGUUGGGUACUUCGGGAAACCGAAGCUGCGUCCUGAGCUGCGGACCGAUGGCAAGAAGAAGGAUCUCCCUGAAAAUCUCAAGGGAAAUCCAACCUUCGAGGAUGAGAAGGGCACUAUCAAUAAUGAGGAAGAGGAUGCCGUUAUGCAUACACCUCCUGAUCCUAUCUGGCCGAGUGGUAUUGUGCACAUUGUCGUGCACCAGAUUGUUAACCUCCAGCUUGCCAAUAUCAAGGGCAGUGAUGGAAACCGCAAGGGCAAGGAGUACGAGCCUGCAAAGCCUUUUGGAGAGAAUACGGAAGAACAAGGUGGUGAUCUGCCUACAAGUUACUGCAAGAUCAUGCUCAACGAUCAGCUGGUCUACCGCACACGCCCUAAGGCCGUGAGCUCUAAGCCAAUCUUCAACGCUGGAACCGAGCGCUUUGUCCGUGACUGGCGCUCCGCCGUCGUGACGGUCACCGUGCGAGACCAGCGAUACCGAGAACAUGACCCGAUUCUAGGUGUAGUGCCCAUCAAACUAUCCGACAUCUUCCAAACCAGCUCCCAAGUCACACGCUGGUACCCUCUCGACGGCGGCGUCGGCUUUGGACGCAUCCGUAUUUCCCUCCUCUUCCGCCACGUGGAGACCAAGCUCCCACCCACUAUGCUCGGUUGGGACGUCGGCACCUUCGAGUUCGGCGAGAACCGGAUUAUCGCCAAGGACUACGGUCAUUUGUCCAAGAUCAAGAUGCGCACAGGCGGAAGUACAGGCAAGGUUCCUCGGUGGAAAGCACACACAGAAGGCAACGAUGUGAUCUACGAUACAUCGGACGAGACCUUCCGUGAUACUCUCCGCCUACCAGUGAAGCACCGCUACAGAUCUCCCGUCGUCUUCGAAUUCCAUACGAAGGGCAAACGUGGUGCAGCAGCCUAUGCCGUCCUAUGGCUACAGCAUCUAGUCGAUAACGAGAGCACUGAGAUCGAUAUCCCAAUCUGGACAACUAAGAGCGGCGCCCGACUCACUCAGAACUACAUCACGGAAGAGAACUGGCGCGCAAAGGAGGUGCCCGGCCUCGAAGACCUUACUACAGUCGGUCGGCUGCAAUUCAACUGCCACUUUUCACCGGGUAUCGACGAGUCACACGAACGUUUCGUCGUCGAUAAUGAUUCCCGUGAAACUUUCGAAACAUGGGAAGCUUGCGUCUCACAGGGCGUUCGCUCCCGCAGUGUCUCUAUCGAAAUCCCCGAGGAAGUCCAACAGAAACAUGAACAGAGUCUCAUCGACUCCCGUGAUGUCCUGAAACAUGCCCCUCCUAAUGAACGUCGCCAAUGGAUCGACCGUGAAGGUCAUGACUGGAGUGGUGCUUUUGGGCAUGAUCCGCGCGCGUACACGGAUUCUAAGGGCCGAAAGGUCGCGGAGCCGGGGCAGGAUAAGCCGCCUCAUGAUCCUGUUACACCGCCACCGCUAAAGGGACAGCCAUCUGCGCGACAGGAUUCAGCGAACGAUGAGGAGCAGCAUGAUGAACACAGUGACUCUUCGUCAUAUGAGUCUGAUCAUGAGUCCUCAUCCGGAGGACCAUCUAUUAUUAGUGGGAGUGCAGCUACGGCUAGUUCCUCAAAGAGUAUGGAGCAGUCCAAUAAGGCCAAUCGGAGGAGUGAGCAGCGGCAGCAGCGAGGGCUGAUGCAGUGGAAGCCGGCUCGGAAUGCAGCUUUUGUCAAGGAUGAGGCGAAGUUUGCGCUUAGAAAGGUGAAGAAGAAGGUUGGGGCAGGUGGGCUUACGGGACGUGAGCCGGAUGUUGAGACAGAGACCUAA